AUGUCGCAAACAAACGACAAACCAGCAUUGCAUUUGGUACCAUCAUUUUAUGGAGUUUAUAUAUUGAAAUCCAUUCCGAAACCCCGCAGUACGUACAUUGGAUCGACCCCUGACCCCAAACGAAGAUUACGACAGCAUAAUGGUGAUUUGAAAGUUGGUGGGGCAUACCGUACCAAGAAAGAUGGAUCUAGGCCCUGGAACAUGGUGGUUCUAGUGUAUGGCUUCCCAUCACGUAUAGCAGCUUUGCAGUUUGAACAUUCCCUACAACAUGCUUAUCAAACUAGACAUAUAGACAAUGAUGCUAGAAUCACUAGUAGUUCACGCCAAUCUUCCAUACAUCUGAAACUUGCCAAUAUACGAUUGUUGACAACAUCGUUUGACAAGAUGUCUUUGAAAAUUGCCAUAUUUGAUGAGGAAGUUUACCGAAUGUGGAUAGAGAAUAAACACAAGAUCGAAUGUAGUGUUCCAUGCACGCUAUUCAAAUUUGAAGAGUUCUGUGAUUCCAUAAAAGAAAUUGACAUCGAAGACGCAAAGAAUGUGUUACUUAGCAAACAGUUGGAGUGUAUGGAAUGCAGGGUAUCCAUUGACUACUUUCAAGACAAUACACCAAACAUUUCAUCUCGACAAGAAUUAUCGAAUUACCUAUCGAAAGGAAACUAUCCACUAAUUGGAAUUUGUGGGGACCAUGCUUUUCAUCUAAGUUGUAUGGCAAGACAGCACGGCCCUAGUAUGGUCCCAAAGUUUGUUACGUGCACUACAUGUGGGCAGAAACUAGACUGGUCAGACAUUAUAAAAGUUUCUACAAGACUACGUCAUUAUGUGGUUCAAGAUUCCCUUCAUUUAGCAAUUACACAAUUAUAG